GUUUGCAGAUCUCUCUACACUCAUUCCCUCCCUCUUUGGAGACAUACAGGACACUGUCUCCAUCCCAGAAGCAUGUUGAGUCCAUCUUGAAUGACCUGAGGAAUUCGAUUGAAGGCAAAGAGGUCUUAAAUAUUGUCUUUGAGGAGCAAUUUAAAUGAAAAUGUAAUCUCAGAUUUUUGAAUGAAUGGGUGACAACUUUCUUGAUAUGCUAAUGUGCUUGAAAAGUACUUGUAAUCUUGUGGCACUGCUUGAGAUUUGAAACCCACAUGCAAAGACUAUACUGCGGUGUAUGAUAAUGUCACUUCUGUAUUUGUCUUGUCAGGCACGUUAUCAAGGUAUUAGUGAUCUUUAAAGCAUGGCAACAUCUGAUGUUUUUGCUGAACAGCUUCUUUUUAAUGAAUCUGCAAAUGUUCCUGACAUAACUGCAGUGGAGCUUUCAUAUUUAUUUUGUAUUUUUGGUGGCUCUUUGUCAGUUCUCAUAAUGUGUGGAAACCUGCUUGUAAUAAUCUCCAUUGUUUACUUCAAACAGCUCCACACUCCUACAAACUUUCUGAUGCUCUCUCUGGCUGUGGCUGACCUGCUAGUUGGACUUUUAGUUGUACCUUUCAGCAUCAUUAUUAUUAUGAGCUUAUAUUGGCGUCUUAAUGAUUUCCUGUGUAUGGUACGGAGCAGCUUAGAUGUUAUACUGUGCAAUACCUCCGUUUGGAACGUGAGCUUCAUUUCUGUUGACAGAUAUUACGCAGUGUGUCAGCCUCUGAGAUACAGAAAUAGAAUAACUGUGCGUGUUAUUUUGAUCAUGAUCAUGGUGUCCUGGACAUUUGCCACUCUAAAUGGAAUUAUUUACACGUUUCAGGCCCCUGAUGAAGGACAAAAUAUCAAUAGGUGUGCUUUAUUUAAAAAAACAAAACAGAGUACAGUAGUUGUGGGAGUUUUUAUUGCGUACGGCAUCCCAACUAUUUUGAUGUCUAUAAUCUACCUAAAGAUUUUGAUGGUGGCACAGAAACAGGCACGCAGCAUCCAGAGCAUGGCAAAAUCUAAUGCAACUGUCAGUAAAAUGGAGAAAAAGGCGACUAAAACGCUAUCUAUUGUGGUGGGGAUUUUUCUCAUGAGCUGGACGCCUUUCUUUCUCUGUAUGAGCUUCAAUCCUUUCAGCAAUUCUACAAUACAGGUUCAUGUAAUACAGUCACUGAAGUGGCUUGGAUGGUCAAAUUCAAUGUUCAAUCCAUUUAUUUAUGCUUUCUUUUACAGCUGGUUUCGAUCAGCUUUUAAGAUGAUCAUUACAGGGAAAAUAUUUACAGAUGAUGUUUCUAAUUCUAAACUCUCUUGAUUCAUUUUAUGAUUUACUGACUGAUUUUAGAGAUAAGGGUCUGGCACUAAGGAUGAAUAUAUUAUGUCUCAUAUCUCUGUAUUCAUCUCAUAUGUUGAUACAAAUUCCAUCUGUACUAUGUAGUUACUGUCUGUUUUUGCAACACAAUGUAUAGAAAGCCUCUUGACAAGUGCCUAAUAUGUGAGGUGUUGUCUCUGUCAUUAACUGUGUGAUGGGUCAGUCCCUUUGUAAACCUAAUAUUUCUCUCUUUUAAUGUGUUUGCUGUUAUUGUCAUUAUUUUUGUCACUGCCAAUGUUAUUAGUUGUUGAUGUCCUUGAAGGUCCAAUUGUAACAAUUAAGCUAUAUUAAAUUUUCAUAUAUCAGUA